AUGAAAGAACUGGAAAAAUAUGCUAGAAUCGUCUCAACACCGAGGGAAUUACUGAUGUUCCUGAAAAGCCUUCCUAAAAGUCUCGAAGAUUUCUAUGAGCUCAUACUGAAAGGAUUGGAAGAUGACAAUCACAGUAUGAGAGAUAGGAGAGAUGGAAAGCGAAUUCUACAAUUUUGUUUACUUUCUCACCGUGGUCAUGUGGAGCUUAAUGAGUUACAUAACGCACUUGCGAUACCUGGUCUGGGACAGGACCCCGAGCCCGACUUCCGCAACUGGCAAGAAUUAGAUCAAUCGCCUGACAUUUUAAAAAGGUACGGGAGUUCUUUGAAAAGCCAGCUGAUUCUUCAUGAAGAAAUAACCAAGGGUAUGUCUUUUACUGAGGACAUGCUGUGGGUCUCGGCGCAUGGCGGAGAUUUCCUCAAGUACCUAAACGAAAGAGCUUUCUUAAGGUUUUCGCUGGGGUACUUAGCCCAUAACCAAGGAUCCAUCCCUCGUGAAAGUUUGAAUAGAUGGGAAGAUUUUCUCGCCGCUCUUCGGAAUAAUCCGCUUUCAAUCACAAAUAUGUUUUUUGUACGAUUUACCGGCCUUGCGGCUACCCCUAAACACUUAAGGGACCUCAACGAUUUGCUGCUACUUGGUGCAGAGAUUGGAUAUGCUACAGCCGUUGGAAUUUUGAUUAGUGUCCCGGCGGAAAUUGAGUGCAGGAACCUCAAAGAUCAGACUCCCUUGCACCUGGCCGCUCGAGAGGGUCACUGCUCAGUCGUGAACGUAUUACUGGAUGGUGGCGCGUCCUUGCACACUAAGGAUAGGUCGGGAAUGACGGCCCUACACCUCGCAGCUACGAAAGGACAAGGUAAUGCUAUAAAAUUAUUAGUACACCGCGGCGCAUCAGUCAAUGCCGAAACCUGGUUGUGUACAACUGCACUACACGUGGCAGCUCAGGCUGGUCAUGAAAGCAUCGUUGAAUUUCUGCUUCAGCAUGGUGCGGACAUCGAAGGCGCCGAUGCCUGCGGAUUGAGACCAUUACAUUUGGCCGCGAUCGGUGGAAACAGUGUGGUAGUUCAGCAUCUUAUAAGGCAAGGGGCAUCUAUCAAAUCACACAAUCGUUAUGGAUACAGCGCUAUUCAUGUCGCACUCUUGUACGGACAGGUGGCAGCUUAUAAUUAUCUCGUUGAUGUCGGGUUUAGCAACCAAGAACCCGAAGGAAAAGAGGAUUUGAGCUCGCUAUUUUCGGCUGUUGGUGAUUUUCGCACAGAGACCUUUCAAUCUGGCCUCAAUGCUCUACAUGUUGCAGCCCUCUAUGGACACGACACCGUCGUAGAAUAUUUGGUAGCGCACGGAGUCGAGGUUGAUGUUCGCAGUCAAUACGAAUAUUGUGCCCUCCAUCAUGCCGCUCAAAAUGAGCAUGAAGCUGUCUGUCAGGCGCUCUUAAGGCUUGGAGCGAGCGUUGGAGUUCUUGAUCCAACUGGGAAAACUGCACUUCAUUUAGCGGCUCAAAAUGGCCAGGAGCGGCUCUGUGUAAUAUUUCUUCGUCUUAAUGGGGUCAAUAUUGAAGCUUUUGACAACGUAGGAACCAAUGCACUGCACUCGGCGGCCCAAAAUGGACAUGAUAAUGUUUGCCGCCUGAUUUUGGAUCAUGGUGCCAACGUCAACAUUGUUGAUCGAACUGGAAAGGAUGCACUUCAAUGGGCGGCUCAUAAUGGCCAUAUAGAUGUCUGCCGUGCGCUCCUAGACCGAGGGGCCUCUAUCGAAUCGCACGACCAUACCGGGAAGGGUGCCCUUCACCAUGCCACUCAGAAUGGCCAUGAUGACAUUUGUCGCUUACUCGUGGACCGGGGAGCAUGUAUACACCAUCAGGGCGAGGAGGACUCCGCUCUGGCUCAAUUAGCCACUCGGAAUGGCAAUGGACACAUGAUAGAUGACUACAAUCUUCCUUUCGUAGGCGAUCGAUCGAUUCCCUUAAUUUUGGAUGAGGUUCAGUGGGUACCGGCUACGCGUAACCUGACUGGCAUAGAGUAUUAUAUGAACCUUCACCAGGAAAUCAUUACUCAAUCAUAUGGGGAGGAGAGUGAAAGGAUUUCGUCCCACGACGUUCGAGAGGAUCAGUCUGUCGAUGAUUUAUGGUGGGAGGUAACAGAUCAAUCAGAAAGCACGGAGGUUGGAGAUGAUCCUUUGCAUGGCAAUUUGGCGUUUGGGGGUGGUGGGCGCGUAACGGUUCAAGAAAACCAAGAUGAACCUGACGGCGUCAGUCAGAUCCACCCCGUAGCAGAAGACUACAUGGAGUGGGAUGGAUAUAAUACAGGUGUACCCCGCUUGGAGCCGCUGGCCGACCCGCGACAUAUUCCUGAUUCCGUGGUUAUGGUUACAGGAGUGCACGCAGACCGGAUCUACCAAGAUAAGUCCGGAAUAUGUGCGCAGCUACACCGGGCAGCUCGCCUUGGGGAUUCAGGUCGUUGCUUAAACCUUUUAAACCAGGGAGCCUAUGUGGGGUACCAAGAUAGCGAUGGACUCACCGCACUUCACUAUGCCGCACAAGAUGGUAACUUGGAAAUAUGUCGAACUCUCUUGAUCGCCGGGGCGGACUUAAACACGCAGGAUUGUAAGGGAUUCAUCGCUCUUCAUUACGCAGCCCAAAAUGGGCAUGUGGAUACCUGUGAUCUUCUGGCCUCGGGGGUGGGCAAUAUAAAUGUAGGUGUUCUUCACCUUGCAGCCCGGAAUGGCCACGCGGAAAUAUGUGCCACCCUACUGGCCGCGGGAGCGGAUGUAAACGCAAAGACUCCUACUCACGGACUCACCGCUCUUCAUUAUGCAGCGCAAAACAGCCAUGAGGAAAUAUGUGGUACUCUCAUUGGCGCAGGGGCGGAUGUCAAUAGAGGGACCGAUGAUCGACACAUCCCUCUUCACUAUGCAGCGUAUAAUGGCUCUGCAGAUAUAUGUGCCAGGCUACUGGUCGCAGGGUCGGACGUCAACGCGAACGCUGAUGGGGAAAUCACCGCUCUUCAUUAUGCAGCGCAAAAUGGCCAUGUGAACAUAUGUGUUACUCUCAUGGGCGCAGGGGGGGUGUGA